AUGGGCUUCUUUUCCUUCUUCUAUCCCUUCUCUCUCAUAUUAAUCCUCUUUCUUUAUUCUUCCCACUUCAUUUCUGCAAAUAAUAAUAAUAACCAUGUCGAUCUCAUAGCUCAAACCUGCAAGAAUCUCUCAAGAACUGAUCCAAAUGUAAGCUACAGAUUCUGCAGAACUUCUCUUCAAGCAGAUCCUCAUAGCCGCCGUGUACGAAAUCUUCGUGAUCUUGGCUUCAUCUCUCUGAGACUUCUCAGGCACAACGUUACAGAAACUAGGUUUCAUAUCAAGAACCUCUUGAAGACGACGAAGAAGAAGAAGAUAGACCCAUUUAUCAGAGAAGGCUUAGAUGAUUGCCUUGAGGUUUAUUCAGAUGCCAUCCCUACCCUCAGAGACGCCAUUAAAGAUUACAAGGCCAAGCUGUAUGCAGAUUGUAAUGUUAAAGUAAGUUCAGUCCUUGAUGCCUCCGCCACUUGCGAAGAUGGAUUCAAGGAAAAGGACAGUGUCGUUUCGCCAUUAACGAAGAGAAAUAGCAAUGCCUUUCGGUUGUCUGCUAUAGCACUAUUUAUUAUCAAUCUGCUUAAUAAAUAAACAUUUAGUUUCCAAGGUGUUGCUGGGUUUUCUCUCGGUUUGGAUUUUCUGGUUAUUGGGUUAAUAAUUAGAUUUCUUAUUUAUCAUAUAAUCAGAUGAUUUCA